GCGAGAAUUAUCAGCGGAUUGGAGCCUUCAAGGCCCGCGGUGCGUUUCACGCUUUGCUGCGACUCCUCGCAGAGCGGGGUGAGGAGGAGGUCAAGAGACGCGGCGUGAUUACACAUAGUUCUGGUACAGAAUUUACCAAAUCAUGCCUAGGUUAGAGGUUAAUGAUGCUGAGAACGAAAUAGGAAACCAUGCGCAAGCCCUCGCCCUCGCAGCCUCCACCCUCCACGUUCCCGCGUACAUCGUCAUGCCCAGCAUCAGCACCCCGUCGAAGAUAGCAGGGACACGCUCGCACGGCGCAGAGGUCAUAUUCAGCGGCUCGACGAGCACCGAGCGCGAGGCCGUCGUCGCGGAGAUCCAGGCCAAGACGGAUGCGAUCCUCGUCCCGCCGUAUGAUCACUUCGAUAUUAUCUGCGGCCAGGGCACCACCGCCUUGGAGAUGGAAGAACAAUACCGCGCGCUUGUCUCCGAUAAGCCGCACCUGAGUACACCUCGAUGCGGUCAUCACCCCCCUUGGGGGCGGGGGCUGAACGCUGGUGUUGCGACGUUCUUCUCCGGGAAACCUACGCGUGUCUUUGGCGCGGAACCGAGCUUUGAAGGCGCUGAUGAUUGUCGCCGCGGCCUGGAGGCGGGUCAGCGUGUGGAGUCCGUCAAGACGCUUACCAUUGCCGAUGGGCUGCGUACCCCCGUGGGGUUCUUGAACUGGGAGGUCAUCUCGGACGGGACUAAGGUCGCUGGUGUGUUUGCCGUGACUGAGGACCAGAUCAAGGCUGCGAUGCGACUGGUCCUGGAACGCAUGAAGGUGGUUGUGGAGCCUAGCGCGGUCGUAGGGCUCGCAGUUUGCUUGUUCAAUGAGGAGUUCAGACGACUCGUUGAGAAGGAAGCUGGUCCGGAUGGAUGGGACAUCGGUAUUGUGUUUACCGGGGCAACACUACCGUUGAGGCAAUUGGGAAGCUAUUCGCCUGAUGCUGAGACGUCCAUUCAAGGGUGAGAUAGAUGUGUGAAGUAGAGGUAUAUCAUAGCAUCAGAUAGUUUGUCACAUAAUGUGCAUACAUCGUUUCCAUAUGUGAGACUCCAGUCAAACAAAGGAGGCAAGAUAUCAGGCAAAUUCUAUGCCGCCUCUGCCUACAUGAAACGAGAACACGCCCCCAUUUCUCUCUUUCAAUCCGUCCGCAAAUCUCCGAGGCCAUUCUCCGCGUUCCCAUUCGUUGACCCAGCCCAAGAAUCUGCCUUCCAAAAUAACAUUCUGUCGCAUGACUGCAUCCCGCUGCGCAUCACGGGCAGUCAUCAUCGGCGGAAACGGACGCACCGCAUCACGCCGAACCACAAGUCGUAGCGUCGCGAAAGUGCCCCACGGAGCAGGCAACGGGCAACGAAAAGAAGGCAUACUUCGGGCCGCCGUCUGAUUUGAAGGGUUGUACAGGUCGAACGGGCCAG